CUACCCGCCUCUUCCCAUCAUUGACUUUUAUUAGUUUGCAAUAGGCUGGUAAGCAGGGAGGGCUGCCGUGAAAGCCGUACGUCUACUUCCGAAAGCCCGUCAUCAUAUCCGCCGACACCAGGGCGCUAAUCCGCUUUAAAUCUCCUGUCAGUAACCGGAGCACAACGUUGGGAAACACCGGCGGCCAACGAAGCCGUCUAGCAGUCAUCUAAUUUCUCCCUCGGACACCAUCGAGACAGGUCACGUCGCAAAUUCUCUCUCGGCUAUUUUACUGUUCACCUUUCAUCAAGUCUCUUGCGAUUAUCUCAGCAUGGUUGCUUGCACCAAGAAGACCACAGAGUGCUUCUCCAAGGAAGAUCGGACUGAGGCCAGGGCUGAGCUCAACGCCACCCGUCCCCGUAAGUCGACCAAGGGAAAGCAGAGGCCCACGUACCGUCGCCGCGUCAAGCCGCCUUACUCCUACGCUGAACUCAUCACUAUGGCUAUCAAGUCUUCGCCGUCUGGCAUGCUUACACUUCGAGAGAUUCUUGACCACAUGGCGAACUCCUACCAGUGCUUCAGGGGAUCAUACGUGGGCUGGAAGAACAGCGUUCGCCACAAUCUGUCAGCCAACGACUGCUUUGUCAAGGUGCUGCGGAACAGUAGCCGGCCGUACGGAAAGGACAACUUCUGGACUCUCAACGCCACCUCCAGCUGCCCACAGAGCUUCCACGCCGGCGGGGAGACGCCCCGUGCUGCCUCCCCGUCCCAGCCGCCC